GCAAGUUCCCGCCAAUUCUCGCCUCCCCCAAAACCUAAUCCAACACCCCCAAAUCACCCCCCUCCUCUCCUUUCCUCCCCUCUCGCGCCGCCGCCGCUUUCGCGCCAUGCCUCGACGAAGCGGGAACCCCUCCCCCGGGUCCAGCAGCCGGCGCCGCCGCCGCGGCGAGGAGGAGGACGGAUUCCCCUCCGACGACACCUCCGACUCCGACUUCGUCGCCGACUCCGAGGACGAGGCCGAGGUGGAGGACGACGAGGGGUGUGCGCCCGAUGCGGACGGCGCGCCCGCUCCCGUGCGCGCGGUGGCGCCGCCGCCGCCGUAUCGGCCGCGGAAGGGGAAGGGGAGUAAGAAGGCGAGGGACGAGGACGCGCCGCCGCUGCCGUGGGAGGAGUGGGAGGUGGCAAACGGUAAAUGGCUCGACGAGCGCAUGGCUGCGGGUGAGGACGGCGAGGCCUCGGAGGCUGCAGCCACGGCGGCCGGGUCCGUGCCGACGGUGGAGCCGGCCCCGGAGGUGGUGCUCCCGCUGCUGCGCUUCCAGAAGGAGUGGCUCGCGUGGGCGCUAGCACAGGAGGCCUCCGUCUCGCGCGGCGGCAUCCUCGCCGACGAGAUGGGGAUGGGGAAGACCAUCCAAGCCAUCUCUCUCGUCCUCACUGCGCGCCGGCUCCGCCCCCCUGGCCAGCGGGGGGCGGCCUCCUCGGCAUCGCUUGGCUGCCCGAUGCGGCCGUUGGGGUGCACGCUGGUCAUCUGCCCAGUGGUGGCCGUCAUCCAAUGGGCUCAGGAGAUCGAGCGGCAUACUGCCAAGGGCAGUGUGCGCGUGCUGCUCUACCAUGGCCCUAAGCGCGGCACGCAGAACUAUGAUUUCGACAACUACGACUUUGUUCUCACCACCUACUCCACCAUCGAGGCGGACUACCGGAAGCACAUCAUGCCACCCAAGAUUCGGUGCAAGUACUGCGAUAAAUUGUUUUACCCCAUCAAGAUGAAGGUGCAUUUGAAGUAUUACUGUGGGCCUGAUGCCGAGCGCACCGAGAAGCAGGCUAAGCAGCAGAGCAAGAAAUGGGGUAGCAAGAAGGUGAAGGGAAAGAGAAGGGGUCAUAAGAAGGAGGGUGAUGAAGAGAACGGGGAUUUUGAAGAAUUGGGUGAUGAAUUAGGGAGUCUGUCAAGGGGUGAGUCACCUCUGCACUUGGUGCGGUGGGAGCGGAUUAUCUUGGAUGAGGCCCACUUCAUAAAAGAUAGACGAUGCAAUACUGCAAGGGCUGUUUUUGCACUAGAGUCAGAAUACAAGUGGGCUCUGAGUGGAACACCCUUGCAGAACCGUGUUGGAGAACUUUACUCGCUGGUUCGCUUCUUGCAAAUAUUCCCUUACUCUAACUAUUUCUGCAAGGACUGUGGCUGCGAGACAUUAGAUACCCGUAUGAAGAAACAGUGUGACUGUGGUCACUCAUCUGUUAGACACUUUUGCUGGUGGAAUAAGUACAUAGCGAAGCCAAUACAGUGGGGUACAGCAAGUGAUGAGGGCCAAAGAGCCAUAGUUCUUCUGAAGGAGAAAGUUCUGAAAGGCAUAGUGUUAAGGCGCACUAAAACAGGCCGAGCUGCAGAUCUUGCUAUUCCACCAAAGAUUGUGACAUUGAGGCGGGACUCGUUUGAUAAAAAUGAAAUGGAAUUCUAUGAAGCUUUGUAUACCCAAAGCUGCACACAAUUUGAUUCAUAUGUCGUUGCUGGAACACUGAUGAACAAUUAUGCUCAUAUCUUUGAUCUCCUCACAAGGUUGAGACAGGCUGUUGAUCAUCCCUACCUUGUAGCAUAUUCUAAGACAGCAGGACUUCGUGAAGGACUGAAAAACGAAGGAAUUGAGUCCAUGGAAAGCCAGUGUGGUAUAUGUCAUAAUAUGGCUGAAGAUAUUGUGGUUACCUCUUGUGAUCAUGCAUUCUGCAAGACUUGUUUGAUGGACUAUUCUGCAACUUUGGGGAAUGUUUCAUGUCCAUCCUGUUCAAAACCUCUUACUGUGGACUUGACUACACAAAAUUCAGGAGAAAGGGUUACUCCAACUGUCAAGUGUAGCAAACGCUCAGGCAUAUUAGGCAGGCUAGAAAGCCUUGCAGAUUUUAAGACAAGUACAAAAAUUGAUGCGUUGAGGGAGGAGGUAAGAAACAUGAUUGAGCACGAUGGUUCAGCCAAAGGGAUUGUGUUCAGCCAGUUCACAUCAUUCUUGGAUUUGAUUCAAUUCUCCCUGGAGAAGUCUGGCAUCAAGUGUGUCCAACUUAAUGGGGCCAUGAACAUUGCCGAGAAGGGAAGAGCCAUAGAUACCUUCACUGAUGAUCCAGACUGCAGGAUCUUUCUGAUGAGCCUGAAAGCAGGAGGGGUAGCUCUGAAUCUCACUGUAGCGUCUCAUGUUUUCUUGAUGGACCCGUGGUGGAAUCCAGCAGUCGAGAGCCAGGCCCAGGAUCGGAUCCACCGAAUUGGGCAGUUCAAGCCAAUCAGAAGCAUGAGGUUUGUGAUCAAGGACUCAGUUGAAGAGCGCAUAUUGCAACUUCAAGAGAAGAAGCAACUGGUGUUUGAAGGCACGGUUGGCGACUCACCAGAGGCCAUGUCGAAGCUUACAGAGGCUGACCUGAGGUUUCUAUUCCAGAUCUAACCGCUGCCUAGUGUCAUCACAGUAGCGUAGCCUGGGAGCACUGACAGACAUCUAGGAACUUGACUGCGCCAUCAACCACCGAAGCGUCCGCUCAUCGAUCGACUUUUGGCAUACAUUUUUUGAUAGUAUGCUCUUGAAUUUUGAGCAUCCCCACCUCAUAGCGCCCACACAAGUGGAACAUUUGUAACCCUGUUGGCUCGUUUUGGAUGAGGAAAGGGCGUUACUAGUGUUCGAUGUAUAUUGUGAUAGGCUAUUUGCGUAUU